AUGGCGGCUUUUCGGAACGGCGGGCACGGGCUGGCGGCUGCGAAAAAUGCAGGCGCGGUGGCCCGCGGUCCCCGCCGAAAGCGGCAGUGGAGACCUGCCUUACCGCGCGACGUCAUGGGCAGCGUCCAGGAGGGACGAGGAUUUGCAUUUCGGAGAAAACAAAAGAUUGAAAGACAAUACAAAAAAUUCUUGAAAAAGGGAAGAAAAGUAGAUUCACAACAGGCUGAUCAGUUUACUGAAACAUAUCCAGAGCACUUGAAACAUCUUUACCUAGCUGAGGAAGAAAUGCUUAAGAAACGGCGCAGGCCUCCAGAUGAUUCAGUUACAUCAGAAGAAAAACUGAAUAAAGCAGUAGAGUCAGUGACAACUGAAGGGAAGUUUAAGAAGAAAACAGCCAAUCAGAAGGCAAAAGAAGAAUAUGAGAAAAUAAAGGCUGAGCGUGCUAGAAAGAAAGAGGAAGCAGAGAAAAGAAAGCAACAAAGAGAAGAAGCUCAGCGGUUGUACAAGCAAAAGAAAAUGGAAGCUUAUAAAAUACUGAGUAAGAAGACAAAAAGAGGACAGCCAAAUCUAAACUUACAAAUGGAGUUUCUGCUUCAGAAAAUACAGCAAAAUACAUAAAACUCUGCAUACAUUUUAAU